AUGGUAAUUACUGCUACACUUCGUCUUUUACGUAUUCUUACUAAAUAUGGUGAGGCAUUGCAAACAGUUUAUUCUGAACAUAUUAAUGCUGUUCGAAUUGAUCUUUGGAAACCUGUAAUCCCUCAGUUAUUUGCACAACUCAUCAUCCAAAUGACUUUGUUAGACAAUCGCAUAUGUGAUGAAUAUCCCCGAGAAAUUAUUUAUGAUGUCAUUGUUAAUUCUACUUCAUCUAAAACAAAUCGCGACACAAAACAAAGCUUGGAUGCUAUUGCAAACCGUAUGAUGGAUAGAAAUGAAUUACUUUGGGUCUCUACACGUCGUAUGGCUGAGAGCUUGAAAAAAUUACAGUACUUUUAG